AUGGGCAACAGUCUGAAAGCCAUAGUUGCUUUUGUGCCCUCCAACAAGUGCCAGAAGUACCUCCUAGAAGACCUAGAAGAGAUGCCAGUGGAUAAAAUGGUGGAUCUGAGUGGCAGGCAGCUGAGGCGGCUGCCUCUGCACAUUUGCUCUUUUCGGGAACUGGUUAAGUUGUACCUGAGUGACAACAACCUGAACCAUCUGCCCCCCGAGCUGGAGCAGCUGCAAAACCUGCAGAUAUUGGCACUGGACUUCAACAACUUCAAAGCUCUGCCCCUAGUUGUGUGCACACUGAAGCAGCUGUGCAUUCUCUACCUGGGCAACAACAAGCUCUGCAGCCUGCCCCUUGAGCUGCGGCUCCUGCAGAACCUCAAGACCCUCUGGAUCGAGUCCAACUGCCUGCAGUACCUGCCCGAGGUGGUGUGUGAGCUCAGCCUGCUGAAGACCCUGCACGCCGGCUCCAACGCACUGCGCACACUCCCUCCCCAGCUGCAGUGCCUGCAGGAGCUGCGCACCAUCUGGCUGUCAGGUAACCUGCUCUCUGAGUUUCCUCCUGUGCUCCUGAACAUGCCAUUUCUGGAGGUCAUCGACGUGGACCGCAAUUCCAUCCGGUUCUUCCCCAGCCUAGCUCAUCUCCCUGGCCUGAAGUUGGUGAUCUAUGACCACAACCCCUGCAGGAACGCUCCCAAAGUGGCCAAGGGAGUGCGCAGGGUGGGGAGGUGGUCAGAGGAGACUCCUGAGCCCCGCAAGCGGUCCGGGGCAGUGAUAGAUAUCACGCUGGACGAGAAACCCUUGCUACCUCCUGCCGCCAAGACCAAGCCAGAAGCCGAGCCCUGCUGA